GAUUAAAAAUGGCUCUACAGAUAAAUCCUAUGGAGGAGCCGAGGAUGUAUCAGCAGACUCUGCUGCAGGAUGGUCUUUGUGACCUCCUGGAGAACCAGAAGUUUGUGGACUGUGUCCUAAAGAUCAAGGACAAGGAGUUCCCUUGUCACCAGCUGGUGCUGGCUGCCUGUAGCUCAUUCUUCAAGGCUAUGUUCCUGUCGGACUCAGUGGGAAGGAAGAGGCGGGAGGUCGUCUUGGAAGAGGUGGAGCCUGCUGUCAUGGCGACGGUCCUCAGGUACAUCUACACUUCAGACAUUAGCCUCACGGAAAACAACGUGCAGGACAUCUUCACGGCAGCCAACCUGUUCCAGAUCCCAUCCAUCUUCACCAUCUGUGUCUCCUUCCUGCGGGAUCGGCUAGGCCUCAGCAGCUGCCUGGCCAUCUUCCGCCUGGGCCUGCUGCUGGACUGUCCUGAGCUGGCUGUGGCUGCUCGUGACUACAUCUGUGAUCGCUACCAGCUGAUCGUGCGGGACCAUGACUACCACCAGCUGGGCCCCAGCGAGCUAGCUGCUAUAAUAGCCUCUGAUGCCCUCAAUGUGGACAGUGAGGAGGUGGUCUUUGAGUCCCUGCUGCGGUGGGUAGCCCAUGAUGAGGGAGACCGGCUCAAGGACCUGCCAGACCUCCUGGACUGCAUCCGCUUCCGCCUGAUCCCCCAUGAAUACUUCAUCAACAAGGUGGAGAGCCACGAAUGGAUCAAGUCCAACCCAGAGAUCCAGGAGAAACUGCAGCUGGUCAGGGAUGCCCACAAGGGGAAGCUUCCAGAAGCUGGGAAACAGAAGAGCAAGAGACCCAAGAAGCACAGAGACCAGGGAGAGGAACAGGAUGAACAGGAGGGUAUGCUGCCAGGGAUCCUAAACAAUAACCCACGUUCUGGAAUGUUCCUCAAGGACCUGAUGCUCCUUAUCAGCGACACAGGGGCAGUGGCCUAUGAUCCCUUGGCGAAUGAAUGCUAUGUGGCGUCAACGUCCACUGAGGUUCCUAAGAACCAUUGCACCCUUGUCACCAAGGAGAACCAGAUCUUUGUGGCUGGAGGGAUUUUCCUCAAUGAGGGGAACAAGGAAGAGCUGCUAAGCUCCUACUUCCUACAGUUUGACCCGAUGAGCUCGGAUUGGCUGGGAAUGCCCCCGCUUCCCUCCCCCCGCUGUCUGUUUGGGCUGGCCGAGGCAGAGAACUCCAUCUUUGUGGUUGGAGGCAAAGAGCUCAAGGAAGGAGAGCAUGCCCUGGACUCUGUGAUGAUCUAUGACAGACAGUCUUUCAAAUGGGGUGAGUCGGACCCCCUCCCAUAUGAGGUGUAUGGCCAUGGGACGGUGUCACAUGAUGGGCUUGUCUAUGUGAUAGGAGGAAAAGGGCAGAGCAAAAAGUGCUUAAGGAGGGCGUGUGUCUACGACCCCAAGAAGUUUGAGUGGAAGGACCUGGCACCAAUGAAGACUGCCCGCUCUCUGUUUGGCAUUACCAUUCACAAGGGCAAGAUCUACGUGGCAACGGGAGUCACAGACAAAGGCCUCACCAGCACUGUGGAACUCUACGACAUCACCAGCAACACGUGGUCCGACUUUGCGGAGUUUCCUCAGGAACGGAGCUCUCUCAGUCUUGUUAGCAUGGCUGGCUCCCUGUACGCUAUUGGUGGUUUUGCCAUGAUGCCCAGCGAGACCAGCGACGAGCUUGUGCCUACAGAGAUGAAUGACAUAUGGAAGUUUGAGGAGGAGGAUGAUAAUUGGACCGGCGUUCUGAGGGAGAUUAACUAUGCAUCAGGUGCCACCAUCUUGGCUGUGCGUCUUAACACUCUGCGGCUCACCAAGAUGUGAGCAUGACAGCCCGUCCUGCUGGACAAAGCGGAUGCUUACAUGACAACCAAGGACAUGGAGUCACCAUUCUGCAAGGCUCCUGUGUAUGUUGAUUACUCCUCCCAUGUGUUGCAAAGAAUGAAUCCCAUUCCGGUAUGGCAUCAGCCCCAUCAGGACAAUCCUGGUAACUGACACAGGGCACUGAGAUUCUGCAACAGACACAGUGCAAUACUAAGUCAUCUGGGCAUCAAGUUCAUGGGUUGGACUUAAAGACCCAUCAUCCUUUGUGUUCAAGCCCAGAACUCAAACCAACUUUGAGAAAAGGUGUGGUGCUUUUAAUGUAACCCUAAUGGCACUCCCUUUCAGUUUUGUGUUUGUGCCUCACAGAGUGAGGAGUGAGUGAGGUGAAGUGUGAUUCACCUAUGUUGAAAAUGCUGUAGGAAUUUUAUAUGUGCAUGUAUUUUUCUAGAUAUGACUUUCAUGCUUUUGUAAUUCUAUGGACAAGUCGAAAGUUGGGUGGGAAUUUAAGGUGUGGUGGAAUUUGAGAAUGUUAUAUUUGAUAUAGUGAUACCCUAAGAAAAGACUGCAUUUUUUAAGGCACAUGUCCAGAUGACUAUUGCUCAUUCUAUGUAUGAUUUCAUAAUAAUUGAAAAAAAAAACUUUGGUGUACUAGGCUGUAAUUGCUGAAAAGGCUGCUAUAGAAGAGGUCAGAUGAUGUAAUUUUCCACAUGAAGCAGCAGAUGGCACCGCAACACUCAUUUUCAAUCUGUGAGGAGUAUUUGGCAAGAGGACAGCCAAGUAUGUCUCCCUGUAUUUCUCAGUUUCUGUCUUCAAGAGGAAGCAGAACAAAUCAUUUUUCAAAUUUCUUAAAUCCAUUGAUAUGCACGUUGGGUGGAACAUACCGCACUGUAAUUACUACUAAUUAAAUGGCAUCAUAAUUCAUUUAGCUCUGAUCAUAAUCAAGGAUUGGUUGCACUAAAAUCUGAACAAAAAAGGGACUCCUAAUUUCAGAGUAACUAAGAUACAACUAGGUCAUCAUUUGGUCACUUAAACCUCAAUUCAUAUAAAACUGGCAAUUCUGUACCCUAUCACACCUAUCUUCACCAUGGCUAUUUGACAAAAAUACACUACCGCCUCCACUAGUACUAUAAAAUAAUAAAAAUAACAACACAGUUUUGACAGUGCUCAGAAGUUUUAAAAGUAAACAUUUAUGCAUCUGGGUGAAAGUUUAAACUAGGAAUAAUUAGUAUACACCUCCAUGCUCCGUGAUUGAUAAUUCUUCAAGGUUUUUAAACUCCCGCUUCAUAUUUUACAGCUGUAAUGAUACUUAGCAACCAUUAAAUCCAAAUAAAACGGCAUCAUUAUCCACUGCCAGCUAGAUUCCUCACCAGACCCUGGUGCACUGCAUCAGAUGACAUGCUGAAUGAUACCGUGACUCAAACACCAAAGACAGCUAAAUAAGAGUUCUGUUCCUCUUGGAGUGUGUGUCAUACAUCUUAUCUAUGGUGCUCUGAAAUAGCACUGUGCAGUUUAGAUAAUGCGCUCUUUUGAAUAAAUCUUAUCAGUGAGGCAUGUAUGGAGCACCACCUGUCAGACAGCUAAUCUGAAAUGCGUAACAGAAGGACCACCAGAGCUACCAGUGACAUAUCUCUGAUUUACCAGCCCAAUAGUGAGGAACUAAUAUCUACUAGGCUGCCUCUGCUAUGUUGCAGCUGUGCUUGUCUGAUGUCUGCAUAGAGUUCGUAAAAUCCUAUGUGCUAACAUACAUAUCUGGUGGUUUGUCCUGGGAGCUAGGACAAAAUUACAAUUUAGUGAUGAAUUUUCAUAGUGAACCACACUUAGUUUCAUUAACACAGGACUUAAUAAAGCACUUCUUUGAGCUUUCACACAUCCUUCUAUUUUCAAAAACUGCAGUCCAUGUAUGUGUUAGAAAUUCAGCAUUUAGAGGACCCUGUUAAACCUCUGAGGUAGAAUGAUGAGAUUUACGAGUUGGAAAACAGGUCUUUCUGACACUUCAGAUCUCAUCCUGUAAAAUGAAUGCAUUUGCAGCAAAUCAAUGAAAAGCAAGAAAUCAAUGAAACCUAAAGUAAAAGGAGAGUUUCACUCACUCAACCACCCAGAGCUCAUUUUUCCCAGGCAAUAAAUAACCACAGGACACAUUCUGUUUGGAAUAAUAUAGAUCUAUAUUGUUUAAUAUUGAAAGGAUUCCUUUCUCUCUUUCUUGUGUUACAGACAAUAUACACUAGCCAAUACAAUAAAUGACAUAGAAUAUAGGCUAUUAUUAGCACCUCUAGACACAAUUGUCCUCUGUAUUGGUUUUAACGUUCCAUUUAUAUAACCACAACAGUUACUGUCUAUAUGUAGUCUAUGUACAUUAGAGUUAGCUAAGACAAUGUGUUUACAUAGCAAAAUAUAAGAUCAGCAAUAUGGAUGACUGACAUGUAUGACUGGCUUACUUGAUCUGGGUAGAGAUGGAAGGGGAGGGUGUGGGGGGAGCAAACAUUGUUAGUUUUGAAACCCUUUACAAAAAAUACAAGUUUACUUGUAAUCUGAAAUGAGCUUCAAAAAAGUAUGUGACAAGAAGGCCCUUUCUUUCCUACAGGAACACUAAAUGAUGGGCUGUUCCCAUCACCACAUCUUCAGUGUGCACCCAAUAGUCUUAUCAUAUCAUUCAAACAUUCAAUUUAUUUGUUCUCAUAUUUUUUUAAAUUCCUCAUUCAAAGACCUUACAGUUCACAGACUCCAACAUGCAAACAGUAACUCAAAAAUUUAAGUGCUCAAAUUCCUCCAGAAAAAAAAAAAAUAUCAUUGGCUUACCUAUUGCAUACUUAUCCUCUGUUGAAAAACCAAUUCUACUGGCUAGAUUUAUCACAGACUUACAGCAGAGAACACGAAAAGCAAUACUUAAAUCCAUUCCUAAAUAAAAAAAAAAAUCCUUUUGGUCUGUGUAAGAAGGCCACUUAAGUCAGUGAUACUAACAAGCCCUCUGUAUUGUAGCAGCAAAAGCCCCAAAUAAACACACAUAAACAAAGACACUUUCCUCAUUAUCUCAGUCCGAUAAACACAUUUAGGGCAUCAAACGUGCUUGGAGAAGUGCCAGCAUAAUCCUCUGCUCUACCUUGGUCACAACUGCAAUUCAUCCCACAGAUGGCAGACAAAACUCACAAACUAAUGUCCUCCAACCAUACCAAAUUCAGGAGUGUUUUUUACAACAUUAGUUUAACAAGUUUGUGUAUUACUUACAGUGCAACUUUACUCUCAUUCUCAAGGACUCCAUGAUUCAGUUCACAUAUGUUCAAACUUUAGCAUUACUCAUCUAUCACAAACCCACUAUUUAACAUUUAUAAGUGAAGACUUAAGCCUAGGGUACAGAAAUAGCACCCUUUCAACAAAGUGCUUAGGGAACUGAAAAGGGUGUGUUUCCAUUUUGUUUCACUUAUUUUACUUGCAUGAAGCAAAGAAUAAUUAAGAAUAACAGCAUGACUUUAUAGCUUCUGGUCAUUAAUAAGAGCAAAGACAGUUGAAAGGUUGGAGUUCGGAUUUCCCUAAAGUCCACAGAUUAAAUUGUAAUUGACCACUGACACCAUACAUACCCAGAACACUUAUAUUCAACACCUGCUACUGCUUUUUGGAACCCCCUCACAGCAGCUAAUGAACUGAAUCAAUUUAUCUGCUGCUUGAGAUGUUAUGUAGUUGGAACAAACAUGCAUUUCACCCAAGCAGAAUUUAUCCAGAACUUCACUCUCUGAUAAAUACUGUGCCCUUUAUUUUUUGCUCAGGGAUUCAUUAUAAAGAGAUAUCAGUAAUGCAGAACGAUACGGACAGUAUGGAACUUCUUACAAAAGGCCUAGUGCUUUAGAGUUAGCUCUACCUGAACAAUGACUCACUGAAACACAUAACACAUUUCAUGGUGUUAAUUAUUGAGAGAGACUGGGGACCCCUGAUUAGAGCUGUGUUUCGUAGGCAGACUGCAACCUAAGUUUGGGAGGACCAUGGCAAUGGGUUCCAAUCACUGCACCUCAACCCCACUUCCAAAGUCAUGGUAGAAAUACACAUCUCAGGUUGGCUGGGUCGACACAGCUUCUCGCCUUCCUGUUUGCUGAGUUUGAACUUUUAAACUGUAGUGGGACCGAGUUCAAGUUCACUGCAGGCCACUUACCGAAAAUAGCUCUGAUUACUUUUCCUCCUCCCUGGACCCCAGUCUGCCCCUGCAAACACUUCCCUCCAGAGUGACACGGUGACAAGCUCUAAUGGCACAUAACAGUGCCCUGACACCCCUUUGUCCUGGACACAGGCCAGAGUGAAGCUCAUAUAUGGUCCAAUGACCGCUUCUGAGUAGGUACUGUCUCUGCCUGCCCAAAUUCACUCCCAAAAUGCCUUUUCAUCUUUCUUCAAGACAAGAGGGAACAAUUUUUUAUCCUUAAGAUUUUAUCCUUUUGUGAGGAAACAGCCCAAAUGUUACAAUUAGCUUUUGAGAAAACAUCAUUUUUCACUCCAAUUUUAGUCCAUCCAAAUAAAAGUACAGAAAAUCAAUACCACGCAUAUCCAUUAAAAACCUUCAUUCCAUCCUGAUUGGCUUCACCUUUCACCUUUCACUCUCCUUCUCAACACUUUUUAAGGGCUAGCAAGCCCUUAAAAUUUACAGCAUUUCCCCAAAAUAGUUCUGAUUGUCCUUUUUAUACAGCCUACCAAUGUUUAUCUUGGUUUAUCUUUUCCUAUAAGCCAUGAAUCUUUCUCAGGAUGUUCAACUGUGCACACUGUCCCAUCCCCUGUGCACUGGAAGGAAAAUGAUGCACAACAGAUAAGAGCUCCUGGAACUCUAGGAAUUUUAUAUGACAAACAUCACUAUGGAAAGGAAUGCCUUCUGACAUCUAAGACUGAGAGAAGUGUACUGGUGACCGGUCUGAGUAAAUGCUUGACUAAACUCUCUCCAGCUUCAACAUCAUUCACUUUUAAAGCUGCACCACUGCAUUAGAAUUCAGAACCCAAUCCAGCUACACUGGAUGAGACCUAUUUGUUGGAUCAAACAUUUUGUACAUUUUAGCAGGGUCCACUGGAUAAAUAUGCAAAACCCACUGAAAUGCUACCGAACAUCCACAGACAUUUUCAUCUCAUUUAAAAAAAAAGUUGUAUUUUUGUUGUUGUUGUCUUCCUCAUCACUAAAGUCAAUUAAUCUAUCAUUAAACAAAAUAAAUGGUAA